AGAUGGGCUCUCCAAUGCUUUGGUUAUGAAGAAAGAAGGGCUGCUGAACUCUUGUUUUGCAAUGGAGAAGACAGAGGGAGAAACACCAGCACUGUGGCUCCCACCCUGUUGCUUACCCUCCUGCAGACAUGUGUCCCAAAUCCUCUCUGUGCUGUAUUAAGGAAAGGAAAAGCUUAGACUUUACAACAUCUGAUUUCUUACAUCACCUUUUCCAAUUUUUCAUCCUAUAACCCCCUGGUGAAAAAAGGAACAAUGACUUUAUAUAGCUGCUGCUUGAUUCUUUUGCUAUUUACCUGGAACACAGCUGCCUACGGGCCAAACCAACGGGCACAGAAGAAGGGAGACAUUAUUCUUGGAGGAUUGUUCCCCAUUCAUUUUGGAGUGGCUGCUAAAGACCAGGAUCUAAAAUCAAGACCAGAAUCAGUGGAGUGUAUAAGGUAUAAUUUCCGAGGCUUCCGCUGGCUCCAGGCUAUGAUCUUUGCCAUAGAAGAAAUAAACAGUAGCCCAACUCUCCUUCCCAACAUGACUCUAGGAUACAGGAUAUUUGACACUUGCAAUACAGUCUCUAAAGCCCUCGAGGCCACACUGAGUUUUGUGGCCCAGAACAAGAUAGACUCCUUGAAUCUGGAUGAAUUCUGCAACUGCUCAGAACAUAUCCCUUCCACCAUUGCAGUUGUGGGGGCAACCGGCUCUGGCAUCUCUACCGCGGUGGCCAAUCUGCUGGGACUCUUUUACAUACCUCAGGUCAGCUAUGCCUCAUCCAGUCGUCUCUUGAGCAAUAAAAACCAGUUCAAGUCAUUCCUCCGCACGAUCCCCAAUGACGAGCAUCAGGCCACGGCGAUGGCAGACAUCAUCGAGUACUUUCGCUGGAACUGGGUGGGAACAAUUGCAGCUGACGAUGACUAUGGCCGGCCAGGGAUUGAAAAGUUUCGGGAGGAGGCGGAGGAGAGAGACAUCUGCAUUGAUUUUAGCGAGCUCAUCUCCCAGUACUCGGACGAAGAGGAGAUCCAGCAGGUGGUGGAGGUCAUCCAGAACUCCACAGCAAGGGUGAUUGUUGUUUUCUCCAGUGGCCCAGACCUGGAGCCCCUCAUCAAAGAGAUCGUCAGAAGAAACAUCACCGGCAAGAUCUGGCUGGCAAGUGAGGCCUGGGCCAGCUCCUCCCUGAUAGCCAUGCCGGAGUUCUUCCGUGUCAUUGGCAGCACCAUUGGGUUUGCACUGAAGGCAGGACAGAUCCCAGGCUUUCGUGAGUUCCUGCAGAAGGUGCAUCCCAAGAAGUCCACCAACAAUGGCUUUGCCAAGGAGUUUUGGGAGGAGACAUUUAACUGCUAUCUCCCUGAUGGGUCCAAAAAUUCUCCAGCUUCAACUUCCUUCCACAAGGGCCAUGAAGAGGGACUGGGAGCUGGAAACGGAACAGCUGCCUUCCGACCUCCAUGCACAGGGGAUGAGAACAUCACCAGUGUGGAGACACCAUACAUGGACUACACUCACUUGCGGAUAUCCUAUAAUGUCUAUUUGGCAGUAUAUUCUAUUGCCCACGCCUUGCAGGAUAUAUAUACCUGUACUCCUGGGAAAGGACUCUUCACUAACGGAUCCUGUGCAGACAUUAAGAAGGUUGAGGCAUGGCAGGUUCUCAAGCAUCUGCGCCACUUAAAUUUCACCAAUAACAUGGGGGAGCAAGUGGAUUUUGAUGAAUUUGGGGACCUGGUAGGGAACUACUCGAUUAUCAAUUGGCAUCUCUCUCCGGAAGAUGGUUCAGUCGUUUUUGAGGAGGUUGGGCACUACAAUGUUUAUGCCAAGAAAGGGGAGAGGCUCUUUAUCAAUGAAAACAAGAUCCUGUGGAGUGGAUUCUCUAAGGAGGUAACAUUGCUACCAUUAACCCUCCUUGGGUUCUUUUUUUUGCAGGUGCCUUUCUCUAACUGCAGCAGGGACUGCCUUCCAGGCACCAGGAAGGGCAUUAUUGAGGGAGAGCCCACCUGCUGCUUCGAGUGCGUGGACUGCCCCGACGGGGAGUACAGUGAUGAAACAGAUGCAAGUGCCUGUGACAAGUGCCCUGAGGAUUACUGGUCCAAUGAGAACCAUACGUCCUGCAUCCCCAAGCAGAUAGAGUUUCUAUCCUGGACUGAGCCCUUUGGGAUCGCUCUGACUCUCUUUGCUGUGCUGGGAAUUUUCUUGACUUCUUUUGUCCUGGGAGUCUUCACCAAAUUUCGCAACACGCCUAUCGUCAAAGCCACAAACCGGGAGCUGUCCUACCUCCUCCUCUUCUCCUUGCUCUGCUGCUUCUCCAGCUCGUUGUUCUUCAUUGGUGAGCCCCAGAACUGGACUUGCCGUCUGCGGCAGCCAGCUUUUGGCAUCAGCUUUGUCCUCUGCAUCUCCUGCAUCCUGGUGAAAACCAACCGUGUCCUGCUCGUCUUCGAGGCAAAGAUCCCCACAAGCCUCCACCGAAAGUGGUGGGGCCUCAAUCUCCAGUUCCUCCUGGUCUUCUUGUGUACAUUCGUGCAGAUCGUCAUCUGUGUGAUUUGGCUUUAUACGGCCCCGCCAUCAAGUUACCGAAACCAUGAACUGGAGGAUGAGAUUAUCUUCAUCACCUGCCACGAAGGCUCCCUGAUGGCCCUUGGCUUCCUCAUUGGCUACACCUGCCUCCUGGCGGCCAUCUGCUUCUUCUUCGCCUUCAAGUCUCGAAAGCUGCCUGAGAACUUUAACGAGGCCAAGUUCAUCACCUUCAGCAUGCUGAUCUUCUUCAUCGUCUGGAUCUCCUUCAUUCCUGCUUACGCUAGCACGUACGGUAAGUUUGUCUCUGCCGUGGAGGUGAUUGCGAUACUGGCUGCCAGCUUUGGGCUCCUGGCCUGCAUCUUCUUCAACAAAGUCUACAUCAUCCUCUUCAAGCCCUCCCGCAACACAAUCGAGGAAGUGCGCUGCAGCACAGCUGCCCACGCUUUCAAGGUGGCUGCCAGGGCCACGCUGAGACGCAGCAACGUGUCACGCAAGCGCUCCAACAGCCUGGGGGGCUCCACCGGCUCCACUCCUUCAUCCUCCAUCAGCAGCAAAAGCAACCAUGAAGACCCUUUUCCUCUCCCGGCCACCGCCGAGCGGCAGCGCCAGCAGCAGCGUGGGUGCAAGCAAAAAGUCAGCUUUGGGAGCGGCACAGUCACCUUGUCGCUGAGUUUUGAGGAGCCGCAGAAGAACGCCAUGGCCAACAGGAACACCAAGCGCAGGAACUCCCUGGAGGCCCAGAACAGCGACGACAGCCUGAUGCGGCACCGGGCCCUGCUUCCCCUGCAAAACAACGAGCCCCUCAGCAUUGAGCCCGGCUUCCAGGCAGCGUCCAGCCCGGAGACCAGCUCGCAGGAGUCAGUGGUGGGAGACACCAAAGAAGAGGUACCAAACCCUGAGGCAGAGCCUUCCCUGCCAUCGGCUAACUCCCGAAAUUUUAUAGGCACUGGAGGUGGCUCUGUCACAGAGAACACGGUACAUUCCUAACGAAAGAAGAUCGUGAAAAGCACACCAGUCCCCCAAGAGGAACUUGCUCACCUCUUGCUUCUGAACGGGAAAGACAACAAAGACACAGUCCUGUGACACAGCCCCACCACACCUUUCUGUUAGCGCCGGCAGGGUAACACACGUGCCUCCAGAGGAGGGACUACGUCUGGGGAGCCUUGGACUGAAUUUGUGUUUGCUUUAUCCAAACCAGGACAUCUCAGAAGGACAAGUGAAGAUUGCCUCUGGUGGGGCUUAAGCAGAAGUCUGCAUGCUGCCUUGCCUCCGUAAGCUUUUCCUGCCAGACUGCAAUUCAGCUGACUGUGGGAGGCACUAGGCAAUUCCACUAUACUCUGCUUUUACAUUUAUGUAUAAUAUUCCUCUUUCCCACUAUGUAUAAUAUUCCCUCUUUAUCCACUAUAUGUGAUCUGUAACCAUGUGCAUCAGGACUCUCAGCUCUACAAAAGUAAGGUACACAGUUUCACUUGGGGAAAGCACGGUCGUGGGGAAAAUAAAAAAAAGCCCCCAACAUCCUGCGUGCUGUGUACAGCCAAGGGUGUGAACAUGUAAAGUAUUUAAUGUGACAGAGCGCCCAUGCUAUUUAUAUUUAGUAAUGUCCCAAUCUCUCCUUUCUGCCCAGCAGGAAAUACUGGACAAUACUCUUCAUAGACUUCCAUUGCACUAGACCAAGCUACUAGGUUCCUACUGGUUUCCUCCAGCUGAGGUAGCUUUACCUCCAGCCUGCCUGCUUUGGUGGAGGGGGGAGAACAGCUUGUAAAUCCUCCCCCCACCUCCCCCUUUGCCCGGAGAACGUUGCGAGAGCACAAUGAGAUGUAUCCAUGAUUGAUUAUGUCGCUAGUAGUUGUAUGCUUAACGAAGUGUUGCUGCUGUAAUAUCCCACAUGGCAUACAUGGCUAACCCUCUCACACCAUAGUCAAGUGUUGUGCUUUGCCAUAUUAAUCUGCCUCACACCUACGCGGGGCAUUGCGCUGGUCGUUGACGACACCGGUGGGCCCGAUGGUACAAAACAAAGGAAAGAAGGUGAAACGGAGGAGUUAGGGAUGGAGAGAUAGCCCCCCAGAGGUGGUAAUAUGAUGGUAGGAGUGGGUGAAUAUCUGAAGUGUGUGUGCUGGUAGAUGGCUGGAUGGGGAAGACAU